GGCUCUAAACAUGUUUGUAACGAAUCCAGUCGCGAUCGGCGCCCGCGAAUUCAAAAGAAAAGAUCCUCACAGUCAAAGACUCUUUUAAAUUUCCUGAACGCUAUGUUUGGCAGAUGAAAACUACCAUGGGGGACAACAUCCAUCAGAGGCCUCACUCGACCCCCAAGGUCGCCAGGGGUCAAAGUUCAGCUGGUCGGGGAGAUCACCGGGUCGGGAGUGCAUCCCCAUCCCUGUCUUUAGACGAGACCGGUGAAUCAACGCGUUCCCUUCUCUCCAUCCUAUCCCACAGCAGCAUCAAGGACCUGCCAGAAGAUGAGUUGAGGAACCAGUCUGAGGAGGAUGAUGAUGACAGGGCAUCUGAUUCUUAUUCAUCUUUACCCACCAAGUCAAGCUCACAUUCCUCAAGUAGGCAAUCAAAGCCAUCAACUUCAAGGUCACGAUCGAGGUCCCCAUCAACAUCUCGCUCAAAGUCCCAGACAGACACCUACAGCAAAUCGUCCAGCUACUCAUUGCCCAGGAGUAGUGACUCUCGUUCGACGUCGCAGUCAACAUCGGGCAGAGGACCGCAGUUGAGCCCCUGGGAGAAAUGGCUGAUCGAGAAAACCAAGGAGGAAAGGAAAAGACUUAAAGAAAAGGCUAGGCUAGAGAGGGAGAAGCAGCUAAAACUGGCUGAAGAGAAAAAGAUAAAGGCGGAGAAAGCAAAGGUCAUCAGGGUCAAGGUCAAUAUGUGGAUCGAGGAGCGGACGGCGAAAGAACAGGAAUCCAAAAGAGCAAACCAGAGGCUGGAAGAGACGAAGAGACAACUCGAGGCAGAAGAGAAAAGAAGACUACAAGAGAAAGCAAAGGAGAACUAUGCAGCGUGGAGUAGCCAGAAGAAAGCAGAAAAGGAGAUGAGGGUGAAGAAGGAGAAGGAAGAACGUCAAGCGAAGGAAGAAGCGGAGAGGAAGAGGAAAGAAGAGGCGGAGGAUGCGUACUUGAAGUGGAAAGAGGAAGCCAAGACGAGGCCACUCCCCCUAGCUAGCCCCUUUGCCUACCCACGAGGCUGCAUCAAAGGUUACCAAGACAAGACGAGCUAUGCCGUUCCCGGCUACUGCAACCCUAUACCAUGGAUGCCGAUCCACACCCCCCAGGAGCACACCACCCCCUUGGGGAGGGGCCAGAGAGGGAGGGGAAAGAGGACCAACGCUACCUCAUCGAGGAGACAGAUACAACAACCGCUCUCACCCCCUCUGCUCUUCAGGGAUCGGUCUGCACGGGAGAAGCUUGGGAAACGCAGGUGACAUGAGGGGUGAUUGACAGUCAUUGCAGUUUCUUUUUGUUGAAAGACUAUUAUUCCUUAAAGUAAGAUCUGUAUUUCUGUACAUUCCAUUUGAAUGAUCCAUUCAUCUGCAUGCACAAGACUGAGAGGGGAUGUUAAGGAGGCUAUGCCGUAAGAAGGCAGACAGAAUAACCUAACACCCCCUCUGUCCAUGUGAGAGAAACUUGGAAAACAUGAUAGAUUGAGGGGUGAAAGACAAAGACUUUUAUUCAUCCAAGUGCAUGUACUGUAGUAAGAUCUAAUGAUCCACCUUGUGGUACAUUCUGUAAAAGAUUCUGCAAAAAAAUGCUAUGCCCCCAAGAAAGUAGAUCCAUUAAUUGUUGUCACCCCUUCUGCUCUUACGUGAUCGGUCCCCACAAGAGAAGCUUGGAAAACGCAGGUGACCAUGACGGAGGAUAGACAGUCAUCACAAUCUCUGCUAUUUCUGAUGAAAGUAUUCUUAUUUAUUGAUAUAGUAAGGUCUAUUCUUUUCCACAUUCCGUGAAAGAGGAUCAGUGGUCCGUUGCAGAAAGAGUUGCAUUUAAACACAAGUCAAAACAUCAAAUGCAAGUCCCAAAUGCGCACU